AUGCCUGCUCCUUCUCCUCGUCGACCUUCCAACCGUGGAAGCGCGAAGUCCACGCCCUCAAAUGGGAAACCGCUUGAUAUCGGACAACCAUUAGGUGUCCACGACACAAAUUCGGUGCGGGAAAAGGUUCGCAAAUGGCAGCAGCAGGGUGGAGGCGUUAUAACAGAAAAAGACGUUGGCCCUGGGAGUGACAGCGACCAUGUUUCCCCCGAACAAAAAUCCCGUUCAUCCAACAGGGCGAGCGAUUCGAGAAAUAAUAAAUCCAGCAUAUCGAGAGACGACAGCAAGAAUAAGGACCACAGUGGUAAGCGAGAUCGAAGUAACAGCACCCCGAAGAAACGGGUUAUCAGUGAUGGACACUGGAGGAAAAACAGGUCCCCUCCAAGCACUCCUCCCCAGAAGGUGACGCCUAGAAAGAAAACAGAUGUGUUCGACCGAUAUGGAGAUUCUACAUCAUCAGCAGGGGAAAAAGGGAAAACUUUCGGAGAUAGCAGCGGCACAAAGUCUGGGUCUAAGCCCUUGCGCGAUGACGGAAUCAGGGUCUAUGCAUCCUCGAUGCCAUCUCCUAAAAAGAGUGAACGCCCAAAGUCUCAACCAAUUCAAGAAUCGCAGUCUAUGCCUGAAGAUAAAGAAGACGGUGCUGAUAGCGAUCAGGUCCCUACCUCAAGACAUCACACGCCCAGGAAGCAAAAGGGCAAUGAUGACACGAGAGAGAGGCAUUUACGGAAAAAGUCUGUUGACAACGAAAUGUCAACCGAACCCAGUGAGGUCUUCCAGCUCUCUGAGCAAGAGAAUAGGACUCGACGACAAGGGCACAAACUUCCACCAAGACACCUGCGACCUCCCAAGGGAGGUAUUUUUAAUCAUGUUAUCGAUGAGUCGAGAAAAAUUUUUGGGAAACAUGAGCCCCCGCCAGCCCCUCGAAACCAAGGAUCAAGUGUCGAGGCAUGGCUUUCUUCAACCCCUGACCCGUUUUCGGAAGAUGAGGAUUCUCUCGUCGAAAUACCAGCACCCUUAUCACAGUCGCGGAGGGAAACAGUCCAAAGAGGUCGAGACGACGACGAUGCUACAUCUCGCCCUACGCUGCAGCUGAAAAACGCUAAAGAAAGACGUAGUUCAAAUGGGAAUAUAAGGCGCUUUCAUAUCCCCCCCUUGACGGAUACGUCUACUGUGCAUCAGGACGACCUAUUAUCCUACUCUGAGCAACCCAGUGAAAAAUCAACAGAUACCUGGAAAUCUUCACCAUCGACUUUAAAAAGAACAGGUGUGAAAAAGUGCCCAAAUACGACAUCUGAAACUCGCAAAAUGUCGACUCUCCAUGAAUCACUCGACGAAGCUCUUCAAGGAUCAAACUUAGGCCUUCAUUCCUCCUCAGACAGCUCUGAAGUGUCAUUGUCUGACCGUCCUCCGCCUUUAACAUUGAGGAGGCCAUUUCCAGGCACCGGCGUUCAUCGACUCUCGACAAUAAUGUCCGUGGAAACACUGAGUACCGCGACAGAGACGGUUCGAUUUCAAGACGACAAAGAUACCGACUCUCGUGCCAAUCCUCAAACAAAUUUAGAUGAGCAGUUGGAACCAGAGUCUAAGGACCAUUUUGAUCCGAACCUGCUCCCUGACACUAAAAGUGGUUUGAAACGUCGACUUACAACUCAUGCCGAUCUAAUAUCUGUUUUAUCCAUACCUGGACGUGGGGGUCGCAGUAUAAGAUCUGCCAGAAGCAUCCGUACGAAUAGAAGCCGUUUGGCAACCGCUACUGUCGGAGAUAUAAUGCAGGAAUUUUCAUCAGAUGAAACGAAGUAUAUACGUGAAUUAAGGACACUUGUCGGUGGUGUCAUACCUGUUCUACUAGCAUCUGUUUUAUCCAAGUCCGAUUCAGCGAUUGCUGCCGGCCUUUUUCGACCAUCUGGGGACCCUAAAGACGAAGAAAACUUCACAAGACCUAUUGUGAAUAUGGGAAUUGCACUCGAACGACUAAAAGCGCUUCACAAGCGAGCCCCAUUGACGAAUCCUGAUUCUCUGCUUUCCUGGGCACAAUCAGCGCAAAAGGUGUAUGCGGAUUAUUUAAAGGCCUGGCGUCUUGGAUUUCAGGACGUUGUCGUCAACCUUGCACCGCCAGAUGAGGACCCAUCUCAUGACAUCAACUCAGAGACCCAAAGCCUAUAUGCUGGGAUGCCGCAAGAUGAAGACGGCGAUGUGGUAGACGGAGAUGGUGAAAAGGUAGAUGUGGCCUUUCUUCUCAAGCGACCCCUUGUUCGACUUAAGUAUCUCGCAAAGACUUUUAAAGGCAUCAACUAUAUCCAGCCGUCCCCCAAGGCAGAAGAGAUGGCCAUGGUUUACCAGAAGCUUGUUACGGAAGCUAGACAACGUUCAAACGAAGAACGAGCAAGACUAGAAGACGAUCUUGCGGCCCACAUCGAUGCUACUAGAGCCCGAAGCCCCAAGAGCCUCGCAGUCUUGACAGACGUCAGUCUUCACCAAAAUCGGCGUGUCCAGGCACGCGACUUCUUUAGUCUCUCUUUGCUCCAUUCAAGUGGCCAGCAAAUCGAUUGCCGGGCUGAAUUGCUACUUCGUGAUAAUCCCCCUGAAGAGGGACCCGGUGGUGACCUAUUAAUAUGCGAGGUGGAUGAGACUGAUCGAUGGCUUUUAUUUCCUCCCAUCGACCGUGGUCGGGCUUCUGCUCGAAAUGGUGAUGUAAAGGGCGAAAUUGUCGUUAUGAUAAGGAGUGUUCCAGGUGAGGAGAAAGAUUGGCAAGAGUUACUCACUUUCAAAACGGAUGAUGAACAGGUGGGAUUUGAAUGGGUUCAAAUGAUCGGAUUGAGCCCUGUGCCACCCAAGAUUGAUCGAUCUUUGAGCUUUAUCUAUCGAUCUAAGGAAAGAGACAGGGCCCCUAGAGCAGAGAAGGAGACUUCUGAUUUGUACACCUCAUCAGGGAAGAGGAGUUCAAGUCCCAUAAAUAUGGAUGUGCCCAUCGGAGAACAGGCUACAGUUCUUUCUCCAUCUACAAAAUUGACGGCAUCCGUUGAUGAUGACAACGACAAGACGAAGGCCCAACCAAACGGAUCCCGCAAUUACCCCUGUCCGAAGGCGCUUCCUUUGUCAAAACGUUCCUUGAAGGAUGAGAAAGAUCUAACGACCCCUAGCACAGUCACGAAACCGCGGAUGUCAGUUCCUACGCCCAGAAACCUCAAUGAAGCGAUUGAUAUGGCCGGCGGGCCUUCUCCAACCAUGUUGAAGAGAUCCAAGGCUAAGAGGAGGUCUAAUUAUGGUGAUCUUCCGACGUCAAGUCCAACAUCAAGCGGUGCUCGAACACCGGAUAAGGAGAAAAGAGUGUCUGAUAUUCCGCUGGUUGGACCUAAAACACCGGAAACGAAGGCUAUUGUUCGUCCUCAGGAUGAUGUACAACCAGCCAGAAGCCGGGUUUCUUCUCCACAAAUGGACCUACCAAAGCCACAUCUUGCUAGACCCCUAGGUCGACGUUCCCUCUCACCCGUCCCGUCUCUGGAACUUCCAACUAUACCGAAACUCAGGAAAGCUAGCCAACAAAGCAGCCUGCCCGCAUCCCCAAAGCAGGAAAUGCCACCACCACUGGCGAUAACUUCUAAAACCAAACCAUGCUCAGCUAAACAAGGUAAAAGCCCAGAGGAAGUUGUUCUCCGUCGGGAUCCCACAAUAUUUACGGAGGACGCCCCAUUACCGCCACCACACAGGUCGCAAAGCCCAGCUGUUUCGAAGAAACACAUUCCAGUUCUAAGCCCUAUCACCCCUCGUAAUAAUAAAAAUCGACGAUCCUCCUCUCCAUUGAAGCACGAGUAUGAACCUUCUACAGCAACGGAGUCAUCAGAGAAUUCUGAUACAUCCACCGUCGAACACCACGAUAUUGACUCCUCCUCGGACACGUCAGAUGAAGAGUUGGAAGGAGACGAUAUGGCAACACCUUUGCCACCAAUUGGAGCUCAUAAACUUUACAAAAUAUACCCCCAUUCAUCUCUUCCUACUUAUUCAGAGGGAGCACUUGCACCAUCCAAUCCAGCUUCCCAAGCUCCAUACAAGAGUGUUCCAUUACAACCAUAUGAAGCAGCAAAAUCCAUUGCAUCUAUUUUCUACUGGCAUGACAAAGGUUCCUGGGAAGCAGUUUAUCCCUAUGAAUGUAGCAUCAUGAUUACCCCCGGGCUUAUUGAAGCUUACGAAAUGAGUGCCGCACAUUCACACCCCAUUGGAUCUUCCAAGGGAGAACUUGGCGUUGGUAUUGCCUCUAAACGGCCGCUUAUUGCCUUGGAGUUAACGCCUCUGGUCCCAAUCCGUCGCGGAACUGCCUUAGAUAUUUCUAUUCGCUCCCCGCCUAUGACAAGUUCUAAAAUAAAGACCGGGAACAACGUCAUGUUCCGCUCACGGAACGCGGAAGAAUGUGAGAAAUUGUACGGACUUAUCAAUCAAGCUCGAAUAAAUAAUCCGACAUAUGUUGCACUGCAAAAUGCCCGUGGUCCAUUUAAUGGGCAGCCUACCUCGCUCACUCGUCAGAAUUCCAACCGCACUAGCAGGUUCGGAGGGUGGUUCAGUUGGUCGAGGAGCAGCUACCGUGCCUCCAGUGUGCCCACCGCUUCUGUGGCUGGUGUAUCGGAUUCCAGCGUUGGAACAAUGUCGAGUGCGUUCUCAGCCCUCAGAAAAUUCGGUUCAGGGAACAAAAUGUUCAGCAUUGCAAGGUCAACCAUCACAUCCCGCACCGGAAGCCAAAGGGGAAGCCUCUACUCAAGCUCCACUCGUUCUGGGUCUAACUAUACUCCAAAUUCCCAAUUCGAGGUCAGCCCUGAUGGUUCCAAAAACGUAGCAGGCAGUAUUGGUCUUUCAAAUGCAAAAAUUCGGCUAUAUGUUCGCGAGUCUGCAUCCAAAUGGCGGGACAUGGGUGCUGCGCGUCUGACGAUAUUACCGGUCUCCCCCGUCUCAUCCCCACCAGGCACUGCUGGUGCCGUUGGAAUAGAUGCUGAGGCACCUUCUACGGAGUUUGCAAACGGGGAAAUUAGGGGGUCUUAUGGAUUAUUUUCGUCUUCACAACCGCCCACUGCUCCCCCUCCGCUGCUCCUUUCAAAUCAUCAGCAAGAAAAGCGGAUUCUCAUUCGUGGCAAGACGAAUGGGGAGGAACUGCUUGAUGUAUGUCUUGAUGAAAGCUGUUUUGAGCGGGUUGCUAGGACUGGCAUUGCUGUUUCUGUCUGGGAAAGAUAUGACAGAGUGGCAAAGCAAGGAGGUGUGGUGAAUGGGAGCUUCAGGGUUUAUAUGAUCCAGAUGAAGAGUGAGGCGGAGACUGCAUAUACAUUUGGGUUGGUUGGGAAGUUGAGAUACUAA